AUAUCAUUAAUAUAUAGCAAAAACAGAGUGAGCCCCAGCACUGUGCCCUGUGGAGCACCAUAAACAGUUUCCAGAUCGCUAGAUAUGCCCUCAUACCUUGUAAUGUGAGAGAGGGUGCAUCUUGAAAAUUGAGAAAAAGAUAAUAGUAUAUGUGGUCGAUGUUGGAAAUGACGUAUCGAAAAAGAGUAUGGAGGCAGUUGUGCAAUUCCUUAAUGAAAAUUCUGAAUUAUAUGGUCUUUACAUCAAUGUGACCUCUGUUACUGCAUACGGUUUCGUAGAUGAUGAAAUUGUCCAUAAAUUAUGUGAAAAGUAUAGCGCUAUGGUUGAAAAUUUUGAAAAUCCUCAUAUUUUUGUCGAUGCCACAUUAGCAGGAAGCACAUCAGAAGCCAUGAAAGCUUUUUCAGCUGCUAUGGGUUUGCCCACUAUAACUACAUGUUUUGGACAUGACUACGAUUUGAGAGAAUGGCGGAAAUUAAAUGAUUACCAAAAGAAAUAUUUGAUUCAAGUUCUUCCUCCCAAUGAUGUUAUUCAUUCACUCAUACGCAGGAUAGUUCUUCGACAAAAUAUCACGAAUGCAGCCAUUUUGUUCGAUGAAUCUGUAGUUCUGUUACACAAAUUCAAGUCCAUUCUUGUGAAUACUGGUAUAUCAUUCUCUUUUACUUCAGUUAGUUCAAAAACAUUGGUAAAAAAUUUGAAGAGGCUCCAUUCACUAUUUUUUGUGAAUUUCUUUGUUAUGGGUACAAUAAGGACAAUAAGAUUAGUUCUGAAAGUAGCGUCAAAACUAGGAUAUCUCGAACAAAAAUACUCUUGGUUCCUCCUGACUAGAGAUACUGGAGAAAUUGGAAUAGUAUGUAGGAGCUGCUCUUUGUAUAUUGUUCAAUCAGUGAUAAAUGAUAAAUGCAAAUCUAAUCUGGAAAAAAUAUUCGGAUCUGAAAUAGAGCCGGAAUUGAGUCUUUCUUUCCAUUUCGAUCUCUAUGCAUCUGCAUUUAUAUCCAUCGGGCAAAUUCUUGCGAAUAUAGACGACGAUAUAGGAGAAUUCAAAACUUGUGAAGAGUUUUAUAAAAAUAGCACUGCUAUUAUAAGAGAAGAUAUUAAUUUAUUGGAAGAACUCAAAAAGGACAAACCCAUAGAACCAACGUGUGGAAAGAUUAAAUUCAUUGCAAAUGGGUUCAGUCACGUGGAAUUUGGAAUGAGCGUCACAUUGAUGACAAUAUCGAAUAAUUCACUGGUACAUAGGAAAGAAUUGGGUAUUUGGAUUGCUGGUUUGAAUAAUUCUAUAAUACCAACAGAUGGAACUGAACCUAUGAGCUUAAAUGCCUACUCUAUAUUCAGAGUAGUUGCUUUAGAGAAUAAGCCCAUGAUCUUCAAGGAUGAGAAUCACACGUCCGGUUACAACGGAUAUUGCAUAGAUCUUCUGAAUGAGUUGGCUAAAAGGAUGGAAUUCAAAUACAUCAUUACUUCAGCAGAUGGUGGAGGAAAACCUGAUAAGGAAGGUAAUUGGGAUGGUUUGAUUGGUGAUCUGGUGAAUAAUAAUGCCGAUAUUGGCAUUGGUUUGUAUGUUACUGCCUAUGGAGAAGAUGUUAUUGAUUUUACUAUACCAAUUUUUGAUCUGGUUGGAAUGAAUAUCCUGAUGAAGGUUGUACCACUACCAAAUGACUUGUUCAAGUUCAUUCACGUGUUCGAUAACGAAGUUUGGUUUUGUCUCAUUCUGGCUUAUUUUGUUACAAGUUUAUUGAUGUGGAUAUUUACCAGCUGCAAACCUUGGUAUUACCCUUCACUGGAUGAAAAGAUAACGAAAAAACCUGAAGAAAAUAGAAAGAUCAGAAUUUUCACUCUUUCAGAGUGCUUAUGGUUUUGCUUAACGUCUUUGACUUCUCUAGGUGGAGAACAAGCGCCCUACAAGUAUUCUGGUCGUGUUGUAGCUGCCACUUGGUAUAUUUUCGCUUUUAUCAUGACAUGUACUUAUACCGCUAACUUGGCAGCAUUUUCAACUUUAUCCAGAGAGACAAGUUCAAUUAAUUCACUCAUCGAUUUGUCCAAACAGUAUAAAAUGCAGUUUGCUCCUCUAAAUGGCUCUAUAGAGAUGGACUAUUUCAGGAAUAGAGCUUAUAUCGACACAUUGUUAUAUAAAGAAUGGGAAAAGAUAUCUCUCAACGACAGCCUUACAGACAUAGAGAGAUCUAGCUAUUCAGUUUUCGAUUAUCCGUUAUCUGAUGAAUACUUUAAAAUAUGGGAAGUUAUGCAGAACACUGGUUUUCCAAAUACUCUGGAAGAAGCAAUAGCAAGAGUGAAAAAUUCGACAUCUUCUAGUGAAGGCUUCGCUUUUGUGGGGCCCUCGAUUACCUUGGAUUAUGCUGUUUUAACGAAUUGUGAUCUUAUGGUAGUUGGUGAGGAAUUUUCACUGAAACCACUGGCUUUUGCAGUACCAAGCGGGUCACCAUUGAGAAAGUAUCUUGAUGAACAUAUUAAAGACAUGACAGAUGAAGGAUUUUGUGAAGUACUGAAAAAAAAGUGGUGGUCCAAUAAUCCAGAAAGAAUGAUAUGUCCGGAAGAAGUGGACACUGCGGAUGGUAUGAGCAUCCAUACAAUGGGAGGAAUUUUCUUCUUACUUUUCGCAGGAAUUUUCAUAGCAGGAAUAAUUCUAGCUAUGGACUAUUGGCUCUUGAAGAUGAAUAUAAUCGCACCUGCACAAAAUACGAAUAAAAGAACAGAAAUUUUGAAAGUGAAAGGAUAUAUUAAAUGAAUUUUUAGGAGUGGGAAAGUUGACAUUUUAAAAUUAUUCUGGUUACCUGCUUUGCAUUGUCUAUAUUUCCUGCUCUAUUUAGUCGCAUACAAUAUAUCUUUAAAAAUUA